AUGGAACGCCUCCUACGACUUGGUGCUGAUGGACUAGCCGCCUUAGGGCAGUCAAAUGCUCAGCCAACAGAUGGUCCUGUACCAGAUACUGCUGAACAGGUGUAUAUUAGUAGUCUUGCACUACUAAAAAUGCUAAAACAUGGACGAGCUGGAGUCCCAAUGGAGGUUAUGGGAUUAAUGUUAGGCGAAUUUGUUGAUGACUAUACUGUGACGGUUGUGGAUGUGUUUGCUAUGCCCCAGUCCGGCACAGGUGUGAGCGUCGAAGCAGUAGAUCCUGUAUUUCAGGCUAAAAUGUUGGAUAUGCUUAGACAAACUGGACGUCCAGAAAUGGUUGUCGGAUGGUAUCACUCACAUCCUGGAUUCGGUUGCUGGUUAUCUGGUGUAGAUAUGAAUACACAACAAAGUUUUGAAGCUCUAUCGGAUCGUGCGGUAGCUGUAGUUGUUGAUCCAAUACAGAGUGUGAAAGGCAAAGUUGUCAUCGAUGCUUUUCGUCUGAUCAACCCAAAUCUUGUAAUUGCUAAUCAAGAACCCAGACAGACAACAUCUAAUGUUGGUCAUCUUAGCAAACCAACAAUCCAAGCGCUUAUUCACGGUCUUAACAGACAUUAUUACUCUUUACCUAUUAAUUACCGUAAGAAUAAGUGGGAAAUUAAGAUGUUGAUGAAUCUGAACAAGCGUACGUGGCGAGAUGGACUAACCUUGGAAGAUUAUAAUACUCACUGUUCAGCUAAUCACAAAACUCUUCAAACUAUGCUUGAUCUAGUCAAGUCAUACCAUAAAUCUCUUGAAGAUGAAGAAAAGAUGACUCCAGAACAAUUAGCCAUCAAAAAUGUUGGAAAAAUGGAUCCAAAACGACAUCUUGGAGAGCACGUAGAUGAGUUAAUGACAUCCAAUAUCACUCAAUCCUUAGGAGCAAUGUUGCAUUCAGUUGUUUUUACGUAA